GGCCCCGCCGCGGGGAUGCCGAGGAGCCGGGGCGGCCGCGCCGAGCCGGGGCCGCCGCCGGGCCGGGCCCCGCGCCGGAGCCGCCGGCGGGCCCCCGGGCGGCGGCUGCUGCCGCUGCUGCUGCUGCCCGCGCUCUGCUGCCUCCCGGGCGCCGCGCAGGGGGCGGCGGCGGCGGCCGAGGCGGAGGCGCCCUUCGCCGGGCAGAACUGGCUGAAGUCGUAUGGCUAUCUGCUUCCCUACGACUCCCGGGCCUCCGCGCUGCACUCAGGGACAGCCUUGCAAUCCGCAGUCUCCACUAUGCAGCAGUUCUACGGGAUCCCAGUCACCGGUGUGUUGGAUCAGACAACAAUCGAGUGGAUGAAGAAGCCCCGAUGCGGCGUCCCAGACCAUCCCCACCUGAGCCGAAGGCGGAGAAACAAGCGCUAUGCUCUGACUGGACAGAAGUGGAGGCAGAAGCACAUCACAUACAGCAUUCACAACUACACCCCAAAGGUGGGGGAGCUGGACACGAGGAAAGCUAUUCGCCAGGCAUUCGAUGUGUGGCAGAAGGUGACCCCGCUGACCUUUGAAGAGGUACCAUACCAUGAAAUCAAAAGUGACCGGAAGGAGGCAGACAUCAUGAUCUUCUUUGCUUCUGGUUUCCAUGGUGACAGUUCUCCAUUUGAUGGGGAAGGGGGCUUCCUGGCCCAUGCCUACUUUCCUGGCCCGGGGAUUGGAGGAGACACACACUUUGACUCCGAUGAGCCAUGGACGCUAGGAAAUGCCAACCAUGAUGGAAAUGACCUCUUCCUGGUGGCGGUGCACGAGCUGGGCCACGCACUGGGGCUGGAGCAUUCCAACGACCCCAGCGCCAUCAUGGCGCCCUUCUACCAGUACAUGGAGACGCACAACUUCAAGCUGCCUCAGGACGACCUUCAGGGCAUCCAGAAGAUCUACGGACCCCCAGCUGAGCCCCUGGAGCCCACCAGACCCCUCCCCACGCUCCCCGUCCGCAGGAUCCACUCGCCUUCCGAGCGGAAGCACGAGCGCCAGCCCCGGCCCCCUCGGCCGCCCCUCGGGGACCGCCCCUCCAUGCCAGGCGCCAAACCCAACAUCUGUGAUGGCAACUUCAACACGGUGGCACUGUUCCGGGGCGAGAUGUUUGUGUUUAAGGAUCGCUGGUUCUGGCGCUUGCGCAAUAACCGGGUGCAGGAAGGCUACCCCAUGCAGAUCGAGCAGUUCUGGAAGGGCCUGCCUGCCCGCAUAGACGCCGCCUAUGAAAGGGCUGAUGGGAGAUUCGUCUUCUUCAAAGGUGACAAGUACUGGGUAUUCAAGGAGGUGACGGUGGAGCCCGGGUACCCCCACAGCCUGGGGGAGCUGGGCAGCUGUCUGCCCCGAGAAGGCAUUGACACAGCGCUGCGCUGGGAGCCGGUGGGCAAGACCUACUUUUUCAAGGGCGAGCGGUACUGGCGCUACAGCGAGGAGCGGCGGGCCACGGACCCCGGCUACCCCAAGCCCAUCACCGUGUGGAAGGGCAUCCCGCAGGCCCCGCAGGGCGCCUUCAUCAGCAAGGAGGGAUAUUACACCUACUUCUACAAGGGCCGGGACUACUGGAAGUUCGACAACCAGAAGCUGAGCGUGGAGCCGGGCUACCCGCGCAGCAUCCUGCGGGACUGGAUGGGCUGCAACCAGAAGGAGGUGGAGCGGCGCAAGGAGCGGCGGCUGCCCCAGGACGAUGUGGACAUCAUGGUGACCAUCAACGAUGUGCCGGGCUCUGUGAAUGCGGUGGCCGUGGUCAUCCCCUGCAUCCUGUCCCUCUGCAUCCUGGUGCUGGUCUACACCAUCUUCCAGUUCAAGAACAAGGCGGGCCCACAGCCCGUCACCUACUAUAAGCGGCCGGUCCAGGAGUGGGUGUGAGCAGCCCGAGCCUCUGUGCACUCGGUCCGGCCAGCCAGGCCCUUCCUCCUCAGGGUCUGAGGGCAGCGCUGGCCACCGCCCACCGGGGCCGGCAGGGCCCUGGGCCAGGGGUGAUGCAGCGGAAGUGGCGGGUGCUCUGACCCAGGCCUGGGGCCGGGAGUGAUGGCGCUGCAUCCCAGGGUGGGUGGCUGGCACCCAGCUGCCAGCCCUCUGUCCCUGGCCAACUGUCCCUACUCAGGAGCAGUCAGGCCUGUCCGCAGGAGGCGGCGAGCAUGCUGGGAGGCGCCCUGUGGUGACGCUGGGCCCAGCGUCUCCGUGGGAAGCCAGCACAUGCGCUCCCAGCCUCAUCUGGGAGAGCCCACAGGCCUGGUCCCUUUCUGCAAACACCUGCUGGUCAGAUGUCCCCCCCCUACCCCCACCCCCACCGUCUCCCAAGGCGACAGGACCCCCGUUGCCAACACGGUGGGCCACAGAGCUGGGUUUCCCCUGCUGGCUGAUGGCAGCUCCCUCAGGAAACCCACAGCACACACUGAGACCCCAAUUCCGGGUCUCACGUGAGACCCCAAUUCCGGGUCAUAUGCUGCAGGCAGGGCUGUGGCCCAACUGGGUCUAAUGAGGAUCCAGCUGUCACGUAUGAAUAUUUAAAUGUCCUGUCACUACUGUUUUAAAGUCCCAUUCUGCAAAGGCUGCUUGAGGCUUUAGGUCAAUUAGAGGUGACUGUCUUAGUGACAAGGCCGGCCCUCCCCCAGGCGACAAGGACCACGGUGCUGCUAAGGCUAUUCCCGUGCCCCCAGCCCAGGAGCUGGGCUUGCUUCAGUGCAGCUAAAGGGCCGGAGUAGAGGCGAACCUCAUUUCCAGAGGCCGAGCUGGGUCUGUGGGCGUCCCCCACUAGCCGCCAUUAGCCCUGCCCCUCUUCCCACCUCUGCAGACCUGUGUCUGCGGCGGGGAGCGCAGCCUGACGAGUGGGGCCUUGUGGGAACCCAGGGCACCUCCUGAAGGCUGAGCACAGCCCAGCCCGGCUCCCGGCCUGGAAGCCAUGUUGAGGCUCUCUGGGCCCAUGUUCCUGCAUUGCUCUUUGGGCAAGGGCACCCCCACAACGGGCAGCAGCCCCAAGUGGGCCCUUCCUGAUUCUUCCCUGGCCCACGCUCACUCUGCAAAGAAUUCCUAAGGCUCCGUCUGCCUCAUGCUAACCCCAUAAGGGGUCCUUCCGGCCACUGAGGACCCCGAGGCCAGAUGUGUGGGCUAAGCAAUGCCCACGGGCUCUCUGCCAAAGCCCAGGGGAGGUGGCGAACUUCAGGGUCCAUCCUGGGCCUUGGAUGCCACCCAGAUCCUCUGAGCCUCCGUGGGCCUUGCCCCGACCCUGUCACCUCCAGGCUUUGGGUUGGCUUAAUCCAUCGCAGACAGGGACUCCAGCUGCCCUAGGAACUGUCUCCAGCAGACCCUCUCUCGUCCCAGAGGGACCUAGUGGGCCCUCCGUGUUCCUUGUCAUCAUUCUUGUUUCUUUCUCAUUUUGGCCAAGGGCGGGCUCCCUGGGGCAGGUGGAGGAGAACAACUGCGGAGAUCUUAGUGAUUCGUAGGUUUGUACAGUGUUUUAUACUUUGCAAAGCACUUUAUUAGCUCACACCUGUCCGCUCACAUCAACUCACAGAGGCCCGGGGAGGCUGGGGGUAACUCUCGCUGUGCCCUCAAACAAUGCACAGAGAGGCCGUUACUGACCUUAGCUCUCCAGGGGUUCACUGGGCCAUGGGUCCCCACCCAAGGGCCCCUCUAGGAUCCAGGAUGAGAUCAGAAGUAUCUCUUUUAUCCGUCUUUUCCUGGCCUCUCUUCCCCCCUUCCUGGUCCCUCUCCACUUCCUCAGGUUGGUGCUCUCACUUCUUGAAAGCUCUAGACCCCCAGUCUCCCCCCUGGCUCCUGGGACCACCAAGGCCAGCUGAGACAGAGCAGGAGAUGAGGCAGGCAGCCCUGGCUGCGGAGGUGAAGGAUGCAGGGCAAGGCCCACCAGAGAAGGCUCGGCCCGGGGGCUUCGUCUCUGUUCUCCUGCCUUGUGGUUGUCUACUUGUCCACCACCCCGAAACAGGGCAGGCAGGGGCCAAGCACCGGGGCGCCAGAGCCUCACAUCCCCUCAGCCUGGGGAUUAUCACAACAUUUCACUGUCGGUCACAUUUUAAACUGAUCAGCCUUUGUAUGUUUUUUAAAUCAUUUCUAAAUAAAACAAAAAAUACA